AUGUCAAUAAGAUCAACAGAACCAGUGAAUUAUAGAGAAGUAGAUGAUGAAAACUUUUCAGAUGAAGAUGAUGAUAUAGAUAAAGAUUUUAAUAUAGGUAAUAAACGUAAAAAUCAAGGAAACACAAAUGAUAACCAAAAGAAACGCAAGGCUAUAGAAGCGAUGGAAACUUUAAAACUUGAUUUAAAAGAUGAAAAUUUAUCAGAUGAAGAUUUAAUAGAAUUAACUCCAGAUAUACCCAAAGAUUAUAUACCUGAUGCAGUAUCUAAAAAUUUUGGUAAAAGUGAUUUUUCAUAUUUAAAAUUAAAACCUGAUCAUUUUUCAAGACCAAUAUGGAUUUCACCAAGUGACUUAAGAAUUAUAUUAGAAUCAUUUUCACCAUUAGCGGAACAAGCUCAAGAUUUCUUAAUAACAAUUGCUGAACCAAUUUCAAGACCUUCGCAUAUCCAUGAAUAUAGAAUAACUGCAUAUUCUUUAUAUGCUGCCGUUUCAGUUGGUUUAGAAACUGAUGAUAUAAUAUCCGUGCUAAAUCGAUUAUCAAAAGUCCCAGUUGCUGAAUCAAUAGUGAAUUUUAUUAAAGCUGCUACUGUAUCUUACGGUAAAGUUAAAUUAGUUUUAAAACAUAAUAGAUAUUUUGUUGAAAGUACUCAAGCUGAUAUUUUACAAAUGUUACUAAAAGAUGAAGUUAUUGGUCCAUUGAGAGUACUAGAGAAUGGUGAAAGUAAAAAUUUAACAGAAUCAGCAGCACCAUUAAAUGAUAUUAAUAUACCAGGAACUAAAAAACCAGAAGAAUCAAAAGAAAAAACUGAAACUGAAGAUAUAUUUGCAUCUGUUGUUGGUAAUAAAGACGAGGAUGAUGAUUUGGAUAUUGUUCAUUCGUUUGAAAUUUCUCAUGAAUCAGUUGAAAUAGUUAAAAGAAGAUGUCAAGAGAUUGAUUAUCCAGUGCUAGAAGAAUAUGAUUUUAGAAAUGAUGCAAGAAACGUCGAUUUAGAGAUUGAUUUAAAACCCUCAACACAAAUUAGACCAUAUCAAGAAAAAUCUUUAUCAAAAAUGUUUGGUAAUGGUAGAGCAAGAUCAGGUAUCAUUGUUUUACCAUGUGGUGCUGGUAAAACUUUAGUUGGUAUUACUGCUGCUUGUACUAUACGAAAAUCUGUUAUUGUUUUGUGUACUUCAUCAGUUUCAGUUAUGCAAUGGAGACAACAAUUUUUACAAUGGUGUACUAUUCAACCAGAAAGUGUUGCUCUUUUCACUUCAGAAAAUAAAGAAAUGUUUGCUACUGAAGCAGGUUUAGUUGUUUCAACGUAUUCUAUGGUUGCAAAUACAAGAAAUAGAUCUCAUGAUUCUCAAAAAGUCAUGGAUUUUUUGAAAUCAAGAGAAUGGGGGUUUAUAAUAUUAGAUGAAGUUCAUGUUGUGCCUGCUAAUAUGUUUAGAAGAGUUGUUACUACGAUUGCAGCUCAUGCUAAAUUAGGUUUAACUGCAACUUUAGUUCGUGAAGAUGAUAAAAUUGACGAUUUGAAUUUCUUAAUUGGUCCAAAAUUAUACGAAGCAAAUUGGAUGGAUUUAGCUCAAAAGGGUCAUAUUGCAAAUGUUCAAUGUGCUGAAGUUUGGUGUCCAAUGACUUCAGAAUUUUAUCAAGAAUAUUUACGAGAAUCAGCAAGAAAGAGAAUGUUGUUAUAUAUAAUGAAUCCAACUAAAUUUCAAGCAUGUCAAUUUUUAAUACACUAUCAUGAAAAAAGAGGCGAUAAAAUUAUUGUAUUUAGUGAUAAUGUUUAUGCAUUGCAAGAAUAUGCUUUGAAAUUAGGUAAGCCAUUUAUUUAUGGUUCAACUCCACAACAAGAAAGAAUGAAAAUUUUACAAAAUUUCCAACAUAAUGAUCAAAUUAAUACUAUUUUUUUAUCUAAAGUUGGUGAUACUUCAAUUGAUUUACCUGAAGCUACUUGUUUAAUUCAAAUAUCUUCACAUUAUGGUUCAAGAAGACAAGAAGCUCAAAGAUUGGGUAGAAUUUUGAGAGCAAAAAGAAGAAACGAUGAAGGUUUUAAUGCUUUUUUUUAUUCAUUAGUUUCAAAAGAUACCCAAGAAAUGUAUUAUUCAACUAAAAGGCAAGCAUUUUUAGUUGAUCAAGGUUAUGCUUUCAAAGUUAUCACCCAUUUAAGUGGUAUGGAACAAUUACCAGAUUUAGCUUAUGCAUCACCAAAAGAGCGUAGAGAAUUAUUACAACAAGUGUUAUUGAAAAAUGAAGAUGCUGCAGGUUUGGAAGUUGGAGAUGAUAUAGAUACAAAUUUCAUAUCAAAAGAAAAGAGAGCAAAGUUGGAAGAAUCUCAAGCUUCAAGAACUGCUGGUUCAUUAGCUGGUUUAGCUGGUGGUGAAGAUAUGGCUUAUAUUGAAUAUAGUAAGAAUAAGAAUAAAGAAUUGAAAGAUUCUCAUCAUCCAUUGAUUAAAAAGAUGUAUUAUAGACAAAAGAAUAAAGAGAAGAAAGCUUUAAAUAAAUAA